AUGACGCGCGAGUGCCACGCGUACAAGGCCGGGGCAGACGCAUCGGGAUUCGGCGAUAGCACUUGUGAGUUGCCUUUGACCAGCAUCUGGUUAAGGUUCUCCUUUACCGACAUGAAUGCAAUACCCAGUAGCCCAAUUGAUCGCCUGCAAGACGAUGUCCUCUUCGAGGUGUUUGAGUGGCUUGCUAUUCUUGACCCACCCGGGCCCAGCGAGAAAUACGGCGAAUGUAGUUUGGGCUGGAUUGCAGCCUCGCAUAUCUGCCAACGCUGGCGUCGGAUCAUCCUGAGCAUGCCAUUAAUCUGGGCGAAAUGUGCGGGGACAUUUCCGUACUCGCCUCAUGCUUGCGAGGCAAUCAUAGAGCGCUCUGGAGAGGCACCGUUGACGUUCUGGCCGUGCUACGACGAAGGACGAUGGAAGCUGUGGGGGACCAUUGGGCUAUCCAAUGAGCUCUCUUACAUCGCGAAUCAGCACUUAGAACGCGUCGUUUCCAUAGCUGGAUACGGUGGCUGGGAUAAUCCACCGGCUUACGAGGCAUUUGCAGGGCGUUCCGCCCCCCAGAUGAGAGUUCUAUACGUCUUCGACCACUCGGAAGACUUCGCAUGGACCGAGGCACUUGACGCACCCAGACUGGAAAUCUUGAUGCUGUACCGAUCCUUCUUCAACAUCCACGCACCGUCGCUGCGAUCGCUCCGCAUCAACCUUACACAUGGCCCGUUUGUUCCGUCGUACCAUUAUGUCUUAGACCUCCUUGAGGGCUGCUCACUGCUGGAGGAGCUCAAUCUCUCGAAUCUUUUCGAUAUUUUGUCGUUUGAUCAGUCUCACAUGAAGUCCCGUACGAAGCGGAUGAUCGAACUCCCGAGGCUUACCGAUUUUCGUUAUUCUGGGGAGUGGCUGCAUAUCUCGUCCAUAUGGCGAUCUAUCAAAGUUGCAACACUGAGUCGCCUUUGCGUCGAGUUGCCCGCGCUUGCGCGCUUUGUCUUACCUCUUUUUCCGGAUAUACAGGACAGCCUCCGCAGCCCGGAGAAUGACACCCUGUACAUAUCUUUCGACAUGCAUGAGCUGCAUAUGCAUGUCUAUGCUUCUCAUAGCCCACCCUCAUGUGUCACCGUCUCGGGACAAAGGGCUCUCGCAGGAGUACUAGUCCGCGUCUCGGACCUUGUUCAUACCACACCGCCCCCAGUCAUGGACCCGAAUCUCAUGCUCGCGCCCCUUAUACGAGCGCUCAACGGGAGUCAGAUCCAUCAUCUCGAUCUCAACAUUGUCUUCAAUAUGCCCAACUUCCCCGAACCCGCACUCAUGCGAGAGCUCCUCCAUGCGUACACUCGCGUGGAGGCAUUGACGAUAGGCCAUCUUGCGCGGUUCGAGCAUGUAGCGAGUCUUCUUCGGGAGAACCAGCCACCCGUCUUUCCUCAGCUGCAUACUCUCAUACUGAAAAAUGCCUGGAAUACGAUGCCUGGGAUGGACGAAUUCACCGAGGACUCGACAAUGAUAAACAUGAAGAAGACUUGGGAGCAACUGAGUUCGCUUGUGAGCUCUUUGCAUGCCGCCGGACGCAAUACUCUGCGACGCAUCCGGGUGGCAGAGCUUGACGACACAGAACUCUCCGGGGAGGUCGACGAUGUCGAACGUUACGUAGAAGCACGAAGGUGUUGUGUGCGCGAUCUGGAGGCGAUGGGCGUCGAAGUUGAGCUUGUAGAUCACGAGGAUCAAAGACUACCAUUGUAG